CUUGCGAUAUAACACAUCGAUCUGCAUUCGCGCAAGCGUGUUUUCGGCGUCUAGCUCGAGCAGAUUUUCCCCUUGCCACCCUGUAUAGCCUGUGACCGGGAUACGAUACCAACAGGUGAUGCUGGAGGAGUAGAGACACUCCCUCAAGCGGCAUCGUUGAUCGUCGUCCCCCGAGUCCUGAUCCUGACGGUGAUUUAGUAGCGUUUCCAGCCGUUUUUCCUUCUCCGGCGAACAGCCAGCACCCAUCCAGGGUGAACAAGGACAAGGCUGGGGGACCGGAUCUCGUUAAAGAGACGCAGGAAACGAUGAACAAAGAAGAAAAUCGUGGCGGUUGAAACAUUGACGAUCAGCGUCGCGUCUUCGAUCAUCGCGCGAUGAUUUAGUGAACGAUUCAGUUUCCAUCGGUUCGGUGUUUUCUUUCCUUUCUAUUUAUUUCAGUUUUACGUAAGACUUUCUGUCAAGCACUCUGUGAUACCUUAAGAGAUACUGAAUAUACCGCCAAAAGGAUCAACCUUCGAUAAACCGAGAAAUAUCUACUCUGCUUGGCCGCUUUAGAAAGACCUAGUGAUCGCACUUUCCACCUCGUGCUUUCUACGACGAAGCUCGAAAGUUGUGAGCAACGCGUGUCUCGUAAGGUGGUUGAAAGGGUGGGAAUCGUUUUCCGAUGGUGGGACAGAGAAGAGUUACGAUCUGACGAUGAUCCAGUGCAGAUUUAGUGGCUUCCUUCUGCGAUGAAACGCAGAAUCGUGUGAAAAAAGGCAGGAGUUAAGCGGACCAUAAAAUUUAAUUCCAUUGGACUCGGUUUAAGGGAAUGGGAGUUAGUCGAGUAAAACACUUCCAUUUGUUGAUUUCUCGAACAUAGUAAACCCGCAAAAAAAUAAAAAUAAAGAGGAACAUGAUUGAAAAAUAGUGUUGCAAAAUGGAAUAAAGAUUCGAUAUUGCAGUAUCGAUGAAAAAGUGAAGCUUAUAUUUUGCAAUUUUGUCUCAUAUUUUAUGAGAGUUUAAGAAUUUGAAUGGAUACGAAGAUCAUAAACAUCUCAUCGAGGAAAGAAACCUGCAAGAUAUUUAUACCGUGAAAGAUUUCUUGAGGUAUUUUUCAGUAUUUCUACGAGAUAAAUGACUGUCUCUCUCAAAAUUUAUCGUAGAAAUAUUAAUGAUAUUAGUCGAAUAUCGUUUUCAAAAACACAUAUAAAUCAUGUUUCUGCAUUCUUAUUAAACCACGAACAAAUAGUUUUCUUCCACCUUCGUAGAUUUUAUACAAAGGAAUAAAUUGAUGUCAAAUAUCAAAAUCCCUUUCUAAAAUCUUCAAGCUAUUAAAUUAAACUAUUAAAUUAAGAUAUAAGAAUUCUAUGGAACCAAGUGUGAAACAAAAAUAUGUACAGAAUAUUCAUACGUAUAAUGAAUAGAUAAAUAUAGUGGGCAUAAACAGUGCGAAGCGAUAAAUAAUGCAGAUACAAUCGAUGCAAAUAAACAGCAUCUGGAAAUUCGGAAUGAACAUGCAAAAUUGGAGUAAUCAAUCGUUAUUGCGAAAUGACUCUGGUUUAUUUGAUUAUAUUAUAAUGUAACGAAAUUCCCGUGCAAUUUAAUCUACGACAAAUUGCUAAAUAAGAUCGACGUGUCUAAGUAUUAGCUAAGUAAGUAGCUUUAAGAAGCUAGUUAAUAAUAAAAAAUAGACGAACUUUCAUUGUAAUACUCGUGAGAAAAAUUUGCAUACUGUAAGAAAAUACAACAAAAUUCCUACAAAAACAUUUAAUGAACACAACUCUGUUGAAUCAAAUUCGAAAAAAGAAAAAUUAUAUUCGUAAGAAAGGAAUCGUAGAAAUGAUCGAGAUAACACUCGCAUGAGUUAUUGAUGAAUUAGCUUGGCUCUCAAUGAAACUUUUCCUUCGACCAAACACGAUAUGACAUCUGAGUUGCUCUUUCGCAGAAAAUACAUGUUCGAUCUGUGAAAACAGCGCGCUGCAACGUAAUUAGAAUCAUUUACCGGUAUACAGACGAGAACGAUAUGCAUCCAUUAAAAAUAUCAAACAGAAGAGACGUUUCAAAGCGGGUCCACACGAACGACUGAGGAAAACAUUCGAGGGUAUUUUUCAAAAGUUCAUCCGGUUGUCCCAGUUACAAAAUUAUCUUGUAACGCGAACUCGAAUCGAUACUCCCAAAAUUGCGAAAGAAGAUGUUGGAAAGAAGAAACUGUUGAAAGGAACAAGACAAAGGAUACGCGACGAUAUCACGGAUAGAUCGACGAGUGGAAUUUGCUCGGUGGUUCCACACAGCCUAGUUAAUUACGGAAUUAAGGAGACAUCGUGAAGAGAGCUCGUUGAAAUGACAAACGCGGUUCAAGAACCACAGUCUAAGUACAUUUUACACUCGUCUCCGAGCCGAGGUUUCUCGCCCGGGGUAAUUCGCAUACCUAUAGCACGUGCUGGAAUAAAAAUAAAGCGUAGUCCCGUCGGUACGAGUCCGCCAACUAUUAUCUCGUGAAUUCACAAUAGUUGAUUGUACUUUGAUGUUCAUACGUUUUAUAUACAUUCUAUUCUAUAUAUCUGUGAUCGCGAUUGAACGUAACCACGCGACUUACAGUGCCGUUCACAUUUCUUUGAAAAUUUAUGACAUACAGACGUUGUACGAUAAAUUUCAACGGAGUUUCGAAGAGAGAAAAUGGUACAAGAGACACGCAAACACAUUGGUCGUUAAAAGGAAAAAUAGAAGAGGAUGCUGCGAUAACAAAUCCGAAGAGGCAGGAAAGAACGCAAAAUGCCCCAAGGAAGCAUUCACUGGCAAGGGACGCAGAGAAGAGCCUGCGGUCCAGGAGCUCACUGGAAUGUCCAGGUGGUGAGAGGCAAAGUGACAACGCGGUGUUUGUGGUACGCCUGCAAAGCUCUCGGAAUUGGUCUACUACUAAUGCUUUUAGGAGCUUGCAUGGCGACCAUAGGAUACUUCGCAGAUCAACUGUCCGUGGCACAAGAAAUCAGAGGUAAUCUAACGAUAAGAGUGAAGAAUGAAUCACGUGGGUUCCACCUAAAUAACCUCAGUUAUGCUGGUCCGAUCGUAAUGGGAGUAGGAGGUUUUAUCGUAGUAGCAGCCUGUGUAAUGACCUUCGAGGCUCGUGAUAACGCUGCCAAAGUGGUGCCGGCCCGUUUUCGCUUUAACCAAACGUCGACAAUAAAAAACACGAGAAAUCAACGGAGUCGUAGGUCUACAUCUAGUCAAACAACCAAAUGGGAUCACCAACUCGGUGUGUUCAAAGUAAACAGAAGUCCAAGUCCAAGCAUACACGAAGUCUCUAGGAAACAAUUGACCGCGGAGUUCUUGCAAUUCUCUAAAGAACUAGGCGAGAAACAGACUGGGCACUCGAUUAAGAAAAGCCCCAGUGCACCAACGUUAAUUGAGAAGAAAUCACCUCGUAAAAGAACGCCAAAAUACGCUGGAUGCGCGUUAUUAAAUCCAGAAUUGUUACAGAGGCAUGCUCUUUCUGUUGAUAAUCCAAGCUACAGUCCUCAUCAGGUCAGCAGGGAAAGUUUGGAUCAACAAAAAAUGGCAGGCAGCCAAGUUUCAAUGGCGAUGGAUUUGCACAUUCCUAAUAAAGGUCCAGUUACGUUGAAAGUUAAAGAUAGAUCAGAUACUGCGAGACGUCAUCAACUGCUUCGACAAACGAAAGUUGAUUAUGUCGAAGAAGUUGAGGAAGCAAUUAAAUCCCCGACGGGUCGUGGUUACUCGCCUAAAUUAUCAGGUGCCUACAGCAAAUACCCAGACGAUUUUGUACCGAGAAAAAGAAACUCGAUAGACAUAAGAUUAUUUGAGGAAUUGACCGCGUCGAAAGAUCUUACAAAAAUAUCCCCCAGAGACUUCCGUAAAAUCUCCUCGCCGAGCUUCCAUAAAAUGUCAUUUGACAAAACUGGAAGCGAUCGUAGAAUUGAAAAAAUGAUGGGCCAACGUAAAGCUAGCCUGGAGUUCAGGAAGAGUCCUGAUUUUCGCAGAGGGGAUUAUAGAAAAUUGUCAGUGGACAGAUUCUCCAUUGAUUGCACGAAAUACCUAUCUGACGAGGUGGAAAUGAGGUCAAGGACAAGCAGUGGUGAAAAUCUAAAACGACAACGACAAGCGAAACUGCACCAUUCUAGGUCGGACGACAAUAAGAGAGCAUCUUUCGAGAAACAGCAGAAAGACGCGCAAUCGAGCAGAUACUCUUUGAACACGCAAGCUGUUAUCGAAAGUGGCGGAUCCGAAUCCGAGUUCAAGUACUUCACGGCAGCAUCUCUCGACACUGAAGAAAGUCGAGCAGACAAUUCUGACGAUAGUCAUGCGAUCGAUGUCGAUGAACCUAUCGCGGCGAAUGUAUCGUCCGAUGGACCGACUGAAGUUGAUGCCUUACUUGAGGAACCUGAAUUAGAAAAUGUCCCGGAGAUAGAGGUAGAAACGCUGAGGGACGAAUUGGACGAGACUGAAACACGCAAUGAAGUUUCAUUAAUAACCGAAAAUUUGAUAUGUAACAAUCAAGUAUCGAAGAAACAAGAACAGAAAAAGAAUAUUCGUAGCGAUGAUGCGAUAUUGCAUGAUUUUGUAAAAAGCAAAGGAACUACUUUGUAUAUAGAGGAUGAUGAAGUUUGAAGAAACGAUACUCUCAAUUAAUGGUCUAAUUACCUAUAAAAAAAUAAUUGGAUUGAAAGAUUUAAGAGAUGUACGAUUACUUCGAAUGAUUGAAAGAAGAAAAACUUCGCAACAGGUAAAAAUGAGAAAUGUAAAGGCUGAUUGUGAACAAAUUUACACGAAUGAAUCCCCAAGUUUUGAGUGAGAAUAGGUUCGCAUUUUCCACGUUAGAUACACGUUUAGUAGGAUAUUGUGAAAUUGUUGUAAAAGGUUGAUACAGUCACUUGUUAUUUGAUAACGUAUUCCUUAGAAAGGUAAAUAUUCAUAAUAUUGGAUAUGUAAGUUUAAUGGAACAUUGCGCGAGUUAGUAAAAUUACAGCCACAUUUAGGCAAGAUAGAUUUACAAGUCUAGAUAUAGUUUUACGUGCAAGUUUGUUACGAUCCUAUUUUUACUUGUAAUUUAGACAAAAUUUGAAUCAGGAAUAGGUGUAUUAACUAUUAAAAUUAGAAUAAUUGCUUUUUAAAAGAUAAAUAUUUUGCCUAAUAUUAACGAACUCACUCCGAAUCUUACGUUGUUUCACUAUAUCUUAUUUUGUGAUUUAUUGUAUAAUUAGAUAUUCUAUCUUUCAAUUUCGAACUACAAUGUACAGUAACGUAAUGUGUGCUCAAUGAUCUCAAAACAUAGUAUAAGUGAAGUUAAAUGGCUUUCCACAAAUUGCGUUCUUUUGCAAGACAAUCAUUUCCAAAGAACAUUAUUUUCUUGAUGAAAGAAGCAUGAUAAACAUAAAAGCUUGCCGCGAUGAUGAGAAAUAAUAUACCCUCUUAUGUGAUCGAUCAAUCUGUAUGAAAUUAACGUUUACCUAUAACGAAGGUACAUAAAAGUUAUGUUGAAAUUGCGAUACAUAUUUCUACCGAGAAUAAUCAUACAAAUCUUUUACUCUAUAUUCUUUUUACGUUAUACAAUUUUCUCAAUUUUUAUGAUACGAAAAAUAAAGCGAAAAGACAAUGACAGUUGCAAAACGAAAAUGUUGAAAAAUAUUCACGUGAUUUCAUAUUUGGCAAUGUAUAAAAAGCCUUCCAAGUCGCUUUAAAAAUAUUUAACAUAAAUACAUACAUGCAAUUCAAAUAUUUCGAAAAAAUUGUUGAUAUGUAUUUGUAGCGAAAUUUUACUAAAAAUGUAUUUUCCAAUUUUUAACACAUAUGAUAAAUCGUAUUAUCAUUCCUCAAUCUAUAUUAGCUAUUAAAUGACUGCUACAAAAAAAUAUAUAUAGUACAUAUAUAUAUAUAUAUAAGAGAAUGCGUUGACAUUUCAAACAACGUGUUUCUUAAAUUGAAACGAUAAACGAUAUAUUAAAUAAUAUAAAGGAAAAAUCAAUGUAUUUAUGACAUUUAUAUAUGACACGGUUUUGUCAUAUCGUAUCAAACUCGUUUAAAUACCUAUGACGUACAAUGUUAUAUUUACACAGCGUUGAGCUGUCCCUUGUAACACAUUUGUGAAAGUGCAGUAAUUCGAAAAGAAUUAACUGCCGAAAUCUUUCUUGUUCUGUUUUUAAACGUUUCACGAGUUGAGGCCUAUUUCAUUAUACCUGCAUAAAAUAUCAAAAUCGUUCUUAAUAUCCAUGAAAAAAUACUUUUCCUUGGAUGAUAUAAUAAGAACGAAGGAAUUAAAUGAAUUUUGUAGGUAUACUCGAAUCGAGUGUAAAAGAAAAAAAAUGUAGCAAAAAUGACAAUCCAUUGACGUCGAGUGAUAUACCGUAUAUAUGUUGUUUUUUAAAAGCAGAGGCUUAGCCAAAUGAAUAUAAAAAUCUAUUUUUAUAUCUCUCGUACGAUGAUAUGGUGACAUUGAUAAAACAUAAUUGAACAUAUUAAGUCAGCAUAUAAUAAAAAACAGCGUUCUGUAGUUUAAUUUAUUUUUAGUACGAAUAAUAUACAUAUAGAAUCAGUAAAACAGCAUUUGUACGUACAGAGAAAUUUCUUCGUUUAUUUUUAUUCGAUAUUUUGCACUAAAAAUUGGUGAUAAAACUGCUGAGGAACAUUUUCUUGGUAAACGGAAUAAAACGAGAAGAGACGAAUUGAGUUUGUUCAGAAAACAAAAAGUUGUUUAUUAUUCGAGUUUGAAUGGACCAAUGGUUAAAGAAAUAUACAUAUAAAAAUGAUAAAUCUCCGGUAAUAUUUGGAAUAUUAUUUCUCUGAGCUAAUAUGUCCCACCCAAUGUACUUACUUAGGGAAAUCUUU